CCGGCUACGAAACUUAUCGAGGAUCUACCGAACCAGAGCUGCCAGCAACAAGGAACUGAUCCGCACAGCCGCUCAGGUGGCACCUGGACCCCUGGCAUGAAGCAUUUCACCAGCACGUCCUGGGCAGUGCUUGCCAUGUUCUUGGUCACCGCCAGUCUCCUGUAUUCUUCCUCAGCAGCUGAAGAAGGCUCCAAUGUUUCAACAAGCUCCAAGCCCACGACCGAGUAUGAACCACCAUGCCUUAGCAUGAACUUCUGCACACAAGCUGCCAUAUGUUGCCCGACAGGUGUGGACGAUUACGGAUGGAUUGCAGCUGCUGUCGGCUGGAGCCUCUGGUUUCUGACUCUCAUCUUGCUCUGCGUGGACAAGCUUAUGAAACUGCAGCCUGAUGAACCCAAAUAUUUGGUAUCCUGAAGCAGGGGUAGCAAGCAUAUGGCAACACCCUGGAGCAGCAAGGUGCAGACAGACCUACAAAGCAUUUCAGUCACUAAGGACCAAAAAAGAACAGUCACAUACCUUUAACCAAGAACGGCCAGAUCUAAGCAAGGCUUCAUCAUCCCCAGCAGGUCAGAACUGCCAGCGACUGUGGAGAAAACUUCAGUCCCUGCAGGCCACUACAGUACAUCCCACUGUGCAGAGAAAACUUUCUUUUCCUCGAGUCCUUGUAAUAAGACAGUAUAAUAUAGCCCUCGUUGAAUGUGUAAUCGCAUAUGCUUGAGGUGAGAGCACGAGCGGCAACUGGACGUUGAAAGACUGGUUACCAGUCUACGUUAGACUGCCUUAAGGCAAGCCAGUACAUGACCUUGGCAUUGAAAUAGAAAGUGGGCAAACAGACCUAAUUUCUGCAGGAUCAAUGUUACCAGAUCCAUUACUAAGCAUGUGAACUGAGCCUAAGCUAUGAGCCAGGUUACAUGAGUAAACUGAUCUAACUCAUUGAUUGUACUGAGUCGUAUUCGCUCACUAAACUGUGUUAUAAAGCCUAUUUACUGAUACUAGUGAAAACUCUGCUAUGGAAGCUUAAGGCUUGUUUGGGCUGGUUUGAAAUUAAAUUCAGUUAUUCCAGUGCAAUUUGUAUGUGGACUCUUUUGUAGGAAUUUAACAUUGGUUGUAU